UCUCGAUUGUCGAACAAAUGAUCCAAAUAUAUUUUGGGAACCUUUUGUUCUAAAUUCUAAAAUUCGAUUAUCAAAACUUACUUUGGUACGAGUACCAAUUAAUCCUAAAGUUAUUGAAAUUAUUUUAAAAGAUUCCUGUAUGGAUCUUGAGGAGAUAACUUUUGAUAAAAUUGUCGUGGAAUCUAUACCGGAAAUUUUGAACAUUUUGAAAUCUUAUUGUACAAAUAUUACAUAUUUAAAAAUCUUUAUAAUUAAAUAUUAUUUUACUCAAAAAUUAUUCAAAAUAAUUCCGUCUUUUACGAAACUUAAGUCUUUAAUUAUUCGAAAUUCAAGAUUGAGCUUUGGGAAUCAAUUUGAUAAAUUGGGAUUUUGUUUACCAAAAUCUUUACGAUUGUUUGAUAUGGAUUUGGAAAUAUCAGCAUUUACGUUAAAGAGAUUUUUAUUAAAUUGUUCGUCUCCAUUAGAAAGAUUGAUAUUAAAUUAUAGUGUCGGAUUUACUAAUGAACAUUUGGAGGUUAUUCUCAAAUAUGCUAAAGCAAAAAGAAAUUUAAAAUCUAUUGGAUUUACUUAUAGAUCUUUACCGGAAUUAUUUAUUCCAUCAUUUAUUAGUGAGGCUACGGAGGCUAAAGUAAAGAAAUUUAUUGAGAUUUAUGAUCCUGAUGAUCAGGAUGAUUGUUUAUUUUAGUUAUUAUAUGUAGAUGGAAUAAUGGAUAUAUAUAAUAUAUAUAUAUUUUAUUUUUUAAAAAUUAGCUAAGCAAAAAAUGAAAUAUAUAUAUAUAUUUGUAUUAAGUUUUUUUUUUUUUUUAGAAUUCGUUAAUAGGAAAAAGGCAGAACGAGGUUCUUUUGAGAAAUUAAGUACAGUUCACCCUCACUAUAGUGAAUCCCAUGGGCUGGAGAUUAAAAUUCGUUAUAGUGAGAAAAAAUUCACUAUACUGAGGGUCAUUUAAUAUAUAUAAAAAAAAUCUGUACUUGAACUUUUCUCAUUAUAGCAGGUUAUUCAUUAUAUAAAAAUUCACUAUAAUAAAGGGUAACAAUUUUAUUCUCAAAAAACUUAUUUUAUUAAUUGUGAU